UCUGUCUGAUCUGCUGUUCGUCUCAAAGUCUGUCUGUCACCAACAACUCCGUUUAGGACCCGCUCCCCUUCUCUCCUAUAUGUAUAUAGGCGACCAUCGUCCCCUUUACUCGCGACUGUACAUUGCGGAGUGGAUCGGAGAUGCAUCUGGGGGACGUGAUCUCUUUUGUUCGUAAUUAAUUUGGGGAAGCCCUAAUUCUUCCUUUUGUUGUCGUUCUGCGCAAGGGUCCUCUCGUAGGUUGCCGGAAUCCAUCUAGCCAUUGCCAUGGAAAAAAUCUUGCUGAAGCCACCUGCUCUUGGAUCACCUGGCGCCGGACUUGGUGGUAGCUGGAGGUCCCGGUGCACCAGGAGGCCUCCUUCCGUCGUUCGGGCGAUUCCAACGGCGGCAAGCUUCCGUCCCAUCAAGAUAUCCGCGAAAUCGCUCGCCGCUCACCGGCGAGACAUCCAUACCCAUCCGGCAACGCUCGCCCCUUUGGGCCUCGGCCCAGGCGGACCAUGGGCCCAUGGGCCGUCAUCGUCGUCGAGAGGCGGCCCCCGGCGCCGCUUCGUGACCACCAGGGCCAUGUUCGAGAGCUUCACGGAGAAGGCCAUCAAGGUGAUCAUCCUGGCGCAGGAGGAGACGCGGCGCCUGGGGCACAAUACGGUCGGCAGCGAGCAGAUCCUCCUGGGCCUCAUCGGAGAAGGCACCGGCAUCGCCGCCAGGGCGCUCAAGUCCGCGGGGCUCAACCUCAAGGACGCGCGCGUCGAGGUUGAGAAGGCCCUCGGCAGGGGCACCGGCCUCAUUCCCGUCGAGAUCCCCUUCACGGCGUCCGCCAAGAAGGUGAUCGAGUUUUCCGCUGAGGAAUCCCGCCAGCUAGGACAUAAUUACAUUGGAUCGGAACACUUGCUUCUUGGGUUGGUCCGUGAGGACGAUGGUGCCGCACUCAUUAUUCUUAAGAAAUUUCAGGCUGAUCCCAACAACAUACGCAAUGAGGUUAUGAGAAUGAUCUCUGAAAUCUCUGAAGGUCAAACUGUUGGUACUGGAGUUGGGGGAGGAAGCACAGGAUCCAAGAUGCCAACACUUGAGGAGUAUGGGACUAAUCUAACAAAAUUAGCAGAGGAGGGAAAGCUAGAUCCUGUCGUCGGAAGGCAGAAACAGAUCGAGCGUGUGCUGCAGAUUUUGGGUAGACGGACAAAGAACAACCCCUGCCUUAUUGGAGAGCCUGGUGUUGGAAAGACGGCUGUUGCAGAAGGCCUUGCGCAGCGCAUUGUCACCGGGGACGUGCCUGAAACUGUUGAAGGGAAAACGGUUAUCACCCUUGAUAUGGGACUUCUUGUUGCCGGUACCAAAUACCGUGGGGAGUUUGAAGAAAGGUUGAAGAAACUGAUGGAUGAAAUCAAGCAGAACGGUGAGAUAAUACUGUUCCUUGAUGAAGUUCACACGUUGGUAGGAGCUGGAGCGGCAGAAGGUGCUAUUGACGCUGCUAAUAUUCUGAAGCCAGCACUGGCAAGAGGUGAACUUCAGUGUAUCGGAGCCACUACGAUUGAUGAGUACAGGAAGCACAUUGAGAAAGACCCUGCACUGGAGAGGCGUUUCCAACCUGUGAAAGUUCCAGAGCCCAUGGUUGACGAAGCCAUAGGAAUUCUCAAAGGGCUCCAGGAGCGAUACGAAAUCCACCACAAGCUCCGAUAUACAGAUGAAGCACUGGUUGCCGCUGCUCUCCUCUCGCACCAAUACAUCAGCGAUCGGUUCCUCCCAGAUAAGGCAAUCGACUUGAUGGAUGAGGCAGGGUCUCUUGUCAGGCUACGGCAUGCCAAGCUACCUGAGGAAGCUAAAGUUCUCGACAAGAAGCUCAAGGAAGUCAUCAAACAGAAGGACGACGCCAUCCGUUGCCAGCAGUUCGAGAUGGCAGGAGAGCUUCGCAGCGAAGAGGUGGAGCUGAAGUCCCAGAUCACGUCACUGGUGGCGAAGAACAAGGAGAUGAACAAGGCGGAGGUGGAGUCCGGCGCGUUGGCGGGCCCGGUGGUGACCGAGGCGGACAUCCAGCAGAUUGUGUCCACGUGGACGAGCGUCCCGGUGGAGAAGGUGUCGGUGGACGAGUCAGACCGGCUGCUGAGGAUGGAGGAGACCCUGCACCGGCGUGUGAUCGGGCAGGACGAGGCCGUGAAAGCCAUCAGCCGCGCCAUCCGCCGGGCACGCGUCGGGCUCCGGGACCCGAGCCGGCCCAUCGCGAGCUUUAUCUUCGCCGGCCCGACAGGGGUCGGCAAGUCGGAGCUCGCCAAGUCGCUGGCCACUUGCUACUAUGGGUCCGAGGAGGCCAUGGUCCGGCUGGACAUGAGCGAGUUCAUGGAGCGCCACACAGUGGCGAAGCUCAUCGGCUCCCCGCCUGGGUACGUCGGGUACUCGGAGGGUGGCCAGCUGACGGAGGCCGUCCGGCGGAGGCCCUACACCGUGGUGCUGCUGGACGAGAUCGAAAAGGCGCACCCGGAUGUGUUCAACCUGAUGCUGCAGAUCAUGGAGGACGGCCGGCUCACGGACAGCAAAGGCAGGAUGGUGGACUUCAAGAACACGCUCAUCAUCAUGACCUCCAACGUCGGCAGCAGCGUCAUCGAGAAGGGCGGGAGGCAGCUGGGCUUCGACAAUGGUGACGGCGUCGAAGACGGCGAGAUCAGUAGCAGCAGCAGCUACGGGAGGAUCAAGAGCCUGGUGGACGAGGAGAUGAAGCAGUACUUCCGGCCCGAGUUCCUCAACCGGCUAGACGAGAUGAUUGUCUUCCGGCAGCUCAACAAGUUUGAGGUCAAGGAGAUCGCCGACAUCAUGCUUGCCGAGGUCGCGGGGCGGAUGAAGGAGAAGGGGAUCGAGCUGCUGGUGACAGAGAGCUUUAAGGAGCUUGUCGUCGACGAAGGCUUCGACCCCAGCUACGGAGCACGGCCGCUGAGGAGGGCGAUUAUGAGGCUGCUGGAGGACACGCUCGCCGACAAGAUACUCGCCGAGGAGGUGAAGGAGGGAGACUCUGUCAUCCUCGACGCAGACUCGGCAGGGAACGUCGCCGUGCUCAGUCGGCAUGGCGACUCGCCGGAGCACCAGCCCGGCCAGUUUCUUGCUCUGCCUAGUUGAUUGGGCAAUUCAUGUUUUUGUAUAGCGUAAAUCUAGCACCGUUUCAGCCAUGGAUUAUUGGCGAGUGACGAAAAGAGUCCUCGUGGAUCGUAAUUUCGGAGUAAUUUUAUUUUUCUCGUUCGGUUUUGCUUGCUGGUGCACUGCAUUAAACUGCCUUCAAGGGAUUUCUGACUAUAAUGAGCUGGGAAGCUCCCAAUCAUGUACUUUAUUCAAGUGUAUGUUCUUGCCAAAACUCUUACAGCUAAUCCAAUUUUUGACAGUAUUUCAUUUGGUUGAA